AUGUCCUACCGAGAGCUUGCUGACUUCAAGACGCUACUGGAGCGCUACAAGUUGCACUCAGCGGGUUUCCGAUCCGAGUUCGACGAAAGGAUUCGUAAAUGGGCAGAGAACGGAAGUGAGGGCAUAAUUACCCUAAUAAACUUCGAUGAUGUCACUCGCAGCUACCUUCACACGCAGUACCUUUUGAUUCCCGAAGAACUCAGGUUCCACCAGAUCUGGUAUGAAGUGAUUCAAGUCUUCAAGCAUAGAGCGCAAGAUCAUGAGAGGCUGGUGAUAAAGCUCGUGGCCAUGAGAGAGACAGGGCACUUGCCUCUCCCGCCCCUUGUGGACGGCAGUCCUCGAAACGAUUCGUUUUCCGAUGGGCGAAGGCUCUGGUCUGAGUUGCCAAUCUUCAGUCCGGACCUGAUUGAGGAAUACACCACGCACUACUGGGACAACGCCCAUUACAACGACUCCCAGCGUGGUAAUCUGGCUGCAGCUGUUGGGAUCCUCUUAUCCGUUGGCAUCUACGACGGCCCGGCUCUCGUUGCCCUCUCACUGCUCCGUGAAGUCCUUGAGACAGAUCGGCCGCUGCUUCCAACGAGUGCGGAUGCACAUAGCCAGCAAGAGGUCCCAAUAUCCGUCGAACAGGGGAUUAUAUAUACAGAAAACCUUGUAUUGUGUGCGCAGAACGCUUUGAUUCUCCUAGCUAGCAAUAGGUGUGGCGCUGCUACCUCGGUGCCGCACCUGAACUAUGCUCAUUUCCCGGACCUGUCGGCUCCUGGAGAGCUCGCCGUCAGGUCUGGCCUUGUCCCAUCUGACUUGCGCGGGUACAGCCCUGGGCGUUGGGCGUUUUGGAAGAAACGCCUCGAGGAGCUGGAGGACUUUCAGGGGUCGACUCUUGCAGAGAGCGACAGGGCCGAUAAUGGGGGAUCGUGGGCAACACUCUCUGAUCAUGCAGGAUUUACUCUCACUGCCAUGAGUACCGUGGAGAGGAGCACCAGGAUGCUAGGAUAG